AUUUUCUGUGCUCAAUUGCUAUUACUUUAAUCACAUAACCCCAAAUCCAUUCACAUUAUUAUAUAUAACUUCAAUUAGACUCCCCUUGAUUUGCUCCUUCCUCACUCCCCCCUGUUGAACCCAGCUUUCUUCACAUCUUUACUUUGAUCCUUGAGAAUCAAACUAAAGAUGCCUCCUACUCACACUACUAACACUUACAUUUUGUUGUUUUGCCUCUUAACAUCUCUGUUUUCUGUCAUUAAAGCCACCUUCAACCUCACACUCCCUCACCAACAUCCUAACCCUGAAGCUGUGGUUCAAGAAGUACAAAGGAGACUAAAUGUAUCCAUUCACAGAAGACAAAUGCUGGACACCGCCGGCGGCUGUCUCACCGGAAACCCAAUCGACGAUUGCUGGCGUUGCGACCCCAAUUGGGGCAAUAAACGUCAACGUCUUGCUGACUGUGCAAUCGGGUUCGGAAAAUCAGCAUUUGGCGGGAAAGGAGGUCAGAUCUACGUCAUCACCGACUCCUCCGACAACGACGUCGUUAACCCAACUCCGGGCACUCUCCGGCACGCCGUCUUACAAACCGAACCAUUAUGGAUCGUGUUUAAAUCAAGCAUGGUUAUUAAACUCAAACACGAACUAAUAGUCAACAGUUACAAAACAAUCGACGGUCGUGGUGCCAACGUGGCAGUUACCGGCGGUGGGUGUAUUACACUUCAGUAUGUUAGUAAUGUUAUUAUUCAUAAUAUCCACGUGUACGACUGUAAGCCGUCGGGGAAUGUUAACAUACGGUCGAGUCCAACGCAUGUUGGGUUUCGAGGGAAAUCGGACGGUGAUGGGAUAUCGAUAUCCGGUUCAAGAAAUAUAUGGAUUGAUCAUUGUUCGCUUUCUCAUUGUACUGACGGUUUGAUUGACGCUGUACUCGGGUCCACCGGUAUAACUAUUUCUAACAGCUAUUUUACUCGUCAUAAUGAGGUUAUGCUUAUGGGUCAUGAUGAUGGGUACAUGCCUGACAAAGGGAUGCAGGUUACAUUUGCUUUUAAUCAUUUUGGGAAAGGUUUGAUACAGAGAAUGCCAAGGUGUAGACAUGGGUAUUUUCAUGUGGUGAAUAAUGAUUUUACGGAAUGGAAGAUGUAUGCGAUUGGUGGGAGUGCUGACCCGACGAUUAAUAGUCAGGGUAACCGCUACAUUGCACCGACAAAUGCUGAUUCUAAAGAGGUGACUAAACGAGUGGACACGGAUGAGGAAAAUUGGUCGGGUUGGAACUGGAGAACAGACGGUGACAUAAUGGUGAAUGGUGCCUUCUUUGUGCCGUCUGGUGAUGGGUUGAGCGCAACCUACGCAAAGGCGUCAAGCUAUGAGCCCAAGUCGGCAGCGCUCGUGACGCAGCUGACCAAGUAUGCUGGAGUCUUUGGUGGACCAAGGGAUGAUGAUGGGACUGCAUCAUUCACUGCGGGGACAAUCACGGGAGAUAGUGCUAGCGGGAACACAGGAUAUAGCGCUGGCGGGAACACUGGAGCAACCCGUAGCAGCAGCGAGGAUGAUGGUGACUACUUUGGGAUGAUAUUUGGUGGUGGCACAGUUGCGUUAUCACCUCCUCCAACCACUAUAUUUUUUAUUGUUUUUGUUUUGUACAUUACUACCACCAACAAUGGUGGUUUAUUUUCAUUAUUGUUACUACUAUAGUUAUUAAUUUUCAUAUAUUUCUUGUUAAAAAGGCAAGGAAAGAAGAUGAUAAAAAGGUUCAUCAUUUUGGCCCCCA